AUGCAGUAUCCAACGAUCCUGCUACUAUCUCUAGCUUCACGGGUCGUUGCGGAUGGAACAGAUGUCACCAAUAAUUUGUUCUCAGAUCUCGGACCGCUUUUGGCAUUGUUCGGUGAUAGCUUUGCCCAACAAUUUCUAAGAGAAUCUUUCACAUGGCUUGACCACAUCAUUUUCGCCAUGGCUCCAUUGGGCAUCAUUACUGCUAUCAUAGGCGCUAUUCGUGUUGGUGGUCCUCCGCAUCUGAGAGCGUUGAUUGGUCGUGCUCGUGAAAAUAAAGCCUCAGCAGAGCUCGAUUUUAUGUCUUCAACUUCACAUGAAGUUUCUGAGCUAUGGAAUGGAGAAGGUAUAGUCCGGACAAUGGGAAAGGGUAAAGUUAAACAAAUUAUCUUCCUGAAGGGUCGUGGGGUUCCUGAGAACUGUGAACUUUUUACUUUGUCAGAUAACGAUGAUUUGAUGAGAUCAAAAGCGUACAUGGGUCCAUUUGUUGAAAAAUCACAAUCAGUGUGGAAGGCGGUCAUACAAUUAUGGAAAACAGUGAAGAGAGUAGAAGUGCCAAGCAAGGACCCGAGAAACAAAAGCAAAGAAGCUCGGUCUGAAAAGGGUGAAUUGGAUCGAGCACCGAAUAUUUCUUUGAACACCCAUCCUAAACAAAACAUGUUUGAAUUGGCCCUCGCGGCUAUUCUAGGUAUUGUUCUCCAGGCUGGUGUUAUUAUAUUUUCUGGGUUUGUUGCUUACGACAACCGACUCGGGGCUAUGGUGGGCGGAGCUCCAAGCGCCUAUGCAUUUCCUAUUUUGGCUAGUGGAACAAUUAUUCUUGUACUUGGAAUGGGUAUUUGUGCUGUGGUUAUCGGAAAGAGCACUGAUGAAGUCGCGUGGGAAUUGAAGCCUGAGGAAAAGGGCAAAGAAACCGUUAAUUCGGGCCUUGCAUCAUGUGCAAAAACAACAACGCUUGGUACGGGAGAUCAAGAACCUACUUUCAAGGCACCUAAAGACUCAGAUCCAGAGAGUCUCACCCCGAAGCGGCAUCAAAAAUCUUGCUGGGAACUGAUUUUGAAAGCAUGCGGCCAUUAUUCAGGCAAAGAAAAAACUAAGCUCAACCCGAAGGCUAAAGAAAAUAAUAAGAUCCUUGUUUUUUGGCUUCAAAAACACUUUGUAGUCAGUGAUCAAACUUUCGAAUCAUAUCUGCUCAUGUCGGGAACAGAACAGGACAUCAUCUUAACAUCGUCUCGCAGCAACAAUCCAUCGAAUCGAAAACAUUUAAGUUCUACAUCCCAGGAAACAUCGAAUAUUCCACAGCUCGACAGCGAAUCUGGCUUUGAUCAAGUACAUUCGUUGCGCAAAUCUGGCCCUCAAACUCAAUUCUCAGAUCUCGCUUCUCAUGAACUUAAAACAUCUCUUUCGUAUGAUUCUACCACUCAGAAGUCCGUUUCCAUCUCAAAAUCUAGGCCACCUGAUCAACCAGUUUCGUUUUGGCUCAAUACGCUUUGCGUCCUCGGGACAUUUACAGGAAUCACUGGGUUCGUUUUGCAAUUCGAGGGCUUUCGCGGAAUCAGCUGGGCAUGUUCAAUCGCACAGCUUGUUGCUAUUAUGAUAAUGACUGUUGUUCGAGCCAUUAUUCGUCGGGGUAUGCUGGAUAGACCUAUCGCCCAGAUGAUUCCGGAGAAAUAUGAAAUUGACUGGCUUGCACUCAGAAUUGGCAAUGAUGACAGGUACUUGAGCAGUCUUAGCAAAUCGACAGCUCGUCACCCAUAUAUAUCUCCCUAUAACCCUUCAUGGAAGGUUUGCAGUCAAAUAAAUCCACUCGUUCAAGUGACUUCCGGAUGGAUGCCCAUCACCAAUGAAGAUAGCUUCAAGGCUCAGAUGGUUCUCAACGUACGAAACCGUCUUCGAGAGCUUACUGGCUGGUCCGACCCGGUGAUAAAAGCUAACGCUGCCUCUGCGGCUUCAGCAAUCGAAAUAAUCAUGAGUUUAUUCGAAGGAUGGUCGGAUUCUACUUUUCAUUGGCUCAUUGACGUAAAGAUUGGGAAAGAUGAAGACACCACCACCCAAAAAAUUAAACUACACGCGACAAGAAAGACCGAAGCAAACCUAUGGAGCGUCUCCGCCAAAGACAUUGAGUCAAUUCUUUCGUUGUGGAUGUAUCAUUCUAGUUAUAAUUGCCAGAGCGGUAACCGGGCUCAGGAUAGCACUGAGAAUAUUGCUCGUGAUAUACACUCCUUUCAACGAGUCAUCGGCCCCUCAAGAUCUACACUCAAAAGAGAUAUGGCGUGGUGGGCCGGUAUUGAGAGCGCUAAAGCACUUGAUGAGUUUUCAUGGGAUGGUGAAAAUGACACACAAUGUCUUAGCAUGGGUUUUUGUCUGCCAGGUAAACCCAAUAUUUUCUUUAUUUUCUCACCUACAGCCUACUCGACAUUGGGCAUUAGUCGUAUUUAUCAAGAGGGCUCCAAUGAAGUCGACCACAAAAAGAUUACCAAGGGAGCAGAUUCCUUAAAAUCCUCACACUAUGCCAUGAUUGCCAGUGUUUUUAAGGAGAAAUUUUUCGCUCAACAUAUUUUUUCCACCUUUUUGUGGGCGAUUGUAAAUUCCUUGUCACUAUCUGAGAAGGGAAGUGAACACCAAACAGAAGUUGUGUUACCAGGGGAUGAUGAGCUCAGACUAAAUGAGAAGCAACCGAACUGGAAUUCUUUCCGGUUAACCAACAAAAAAAUCAAGCAAAUGAUCAAAGCCGUCAAGACUUCUGGCCUGGGAACGUUGGAAGACGCCAAUUUACUGAUAAUACCCCCACUUAGCUAUUUUGAUAAACUCCCUAACGAAGGCAUGGUGGACGUAGUACGAAAAAACGCCAAAGAAAAUGAACUGGGCUAUCGAGAUUUUGCUUGCAAUCUUUAUAGAAAAUUACUGAAACUGUGCGACGAUCUACCACCAGAGAGGAAGUUUGUCUACAAAGUAGUCAGCACAACCGUUGACUUCCUUGUGACUGCAACAUCUGCCUCAGAAACUAAGAAAUAUAUGGAAACAUCUGAUGGAGAUUUGGAGAAGAGUAAAAGAACGUUGGUCAACAUCCUGAGAUCUAAACAUAAAAAAUGUCUAGAUAUGCUGCAGUCACUUUACGCAAAACAAGGUCGGCUCAAGAACUUUGGAAAGGCAGGCUUGCUAGACGAUAAAACCAAAGACAAGGUCAAAAAAUCGGCAAGAAACGGGCAGACAAUUUUACAGAAAGAUGUUAUCGAGGAUACUGAUUUAUCUCUGGAUGAAGGACACAUGGGGCAAUUCCCCAGUGCUACUGAUAUACUUGGUUGGACACCUCUACACUACGCAGUGAUCUAUUCUUUGGAAGCAGUGCAGAAAUUAGUGGAGAAGGGGGAGGAGCUAGUUAAUAAAUGUGACCUUGCCGGCCGUACCCCCCUGCACUACGCCGUCAUGAAACUAAACGUCGACUCGAAACAAGUUAAUGCAGAAGAAAUUAUCAAAAAACUCUUGGUCGCCAACGCAAGACCAUUCCAGGGGAGAGAUGGCCUUGUUCCGUUACAUUGGGCCGUGAAAACAGGAAAUAUCGAAGCCACCAAAUUACUUCUGGGAUCGGAGCUACAUGAAAAGACACUAAAUUUCAAAGAUUAUUCGGACAUGACUCCUUUACACUUUGCAGCCCUCGGUGGAAAUUCAGAAAUUUUGGAAAUACUUCUCAAAAAAGUCGUCAACGCCCAGGAUCUCAAUGCGCAGAACAGGCUUGGGCGGACUGCACUACAUGUCGCAGUGAAGGGCAUAGACACCGAUGGAUCUUCUAAUAGAGCCAAGAUCAUCGAAAUACUUAUCAAGAAAGAGGCAAGUGUUGCAAUCAAAGACAAAGACGACAAAAAAGCUUUAAACGUGGCUGUUGAGAUGGAACAGAAAAUGAAGAGCCCUCCUCUGCCGCGACCAGAUCUUAGUGAAGAGCCCAGUCACCUUGUAAAUAUUUCAGGUGGAAUUCUGGAAAGUGAACACCGGGACAAUCCAGACAAUUCAAACGACAAAGUUGGUGUCGAUGAGAAAGCUAGGAACUUGAAACAAGCUGGGAAGGCGGAAAUACUUUCGAAAGAAGAACAGCUAGCUUCGGUAAUUAAAUCACUAUUGGAAAAAGAAAAUUUAACUGUUGAAGGCGGAAAAUUAUUGCUCUGGGCUGUUGAAAAUAACUUGAAGACGCCUUUCGAAUUUCUUAUUGCCUGGAAGGAAAUCGCAGUUGACAUGAGCCAGCUGUAUACCAAGGAUGGUCGAUCAAUCCUUCACUUAGCAGUGGUUGCCGAGUCUGACACGAUGGUAGAUAGGAUAUUGAAGCGAUGGAAACCCAGCAAUAGUUCUUCUCCUUUGAAGUCAUCAUUGUAUAUCGAUCUAGCCGAUCAUUAUGGCCGCACUGCACUUAUGCUGGCAGCGUCUCAAGGAUACGAGCCUGGAGUCAGAAAGCUUCUUGCAGCUGGCGUUGACAAAGAUUUUAGAGACAUCCGUGGACGCACAGCUCUUUCUUGGGGAGCAGAGAGCGGCCAGCUGGAUAUUUUAACUCAACUCAUAGAAAGCGGCGUUGCUCUGAAACAUGAGCCUGUGGAAAAGAAUUCACCCAUGUUUAUUGCUGUCGAAAAUGGUAAACACGAGGCAACAGAACUCUUUCUUGCCAACGGCGCGGACUCCAAUGAGGUUGACAAUGACAGGAAUAAUGUUCUCUGCCAUGCAGUGAUAUGUGGACAUAUAGAAUGUGUCAAGGUUUUAAUUGAGCAUGGUGCUGAACUUGAGAAAAGAAAUAGCAGAUACCAGCAGACCGCACUCUCUUUCGCUGCCGAAAAGGGUAACCUCGAAAUAGUCAAGCUUCUUAUGGAUUUCGAUGCUAGGUUGGACGCCCAAGACACGGAUGGCUGGACUCCACUCAUCUGGGCAUUGAAAUGCGAGCAUCUGGAGGUCGUGAUGUUUCUACUCGGUGAAGAAGUUAAGAGCGUCUCGAAUAGAGAUCCAUAUAUGGAGCAACUCGAUUCUAUAAUGACUUUGGCGUGCAGUACUGGUGAUGAGGAUCUCGUGGAGCAAUUGUUAAAUCUAGGUGUUAGUUCUAAUGCACAAGACGCCGACAGUGGAUCGAUAGCUUUGAUCGAAGCAAGUAGAGGAGGCUUUUUAGGGACUGUAAAGCUACUAUUAAGGAAUCAAGGGCAUGUAAAUGCGAUGAAUAAUGCUAAGGAGACGCCUCUUUUGCUGGCGAUUCGCCACGGAUUUAACGAAAUCACGGAAUGCCUUUUAUGCGCGAACGCAAAUGUCGAAAUAACGAAUGAAGUAAAUGAAACACCACUUCUGUUAGCAGUUCGUUACAACAAUGAAACCAUCACCAGAUUGCUUUUAGAUAAAGGGGCGAAAACAAAUGUCGCAUCCAACACAGGCGAGACACCACUAUUAUCGGCUACUCGCAUUGGAAACGAAGAUAUCACAAGGUUACUUCUGGAGAAGGAAGCGUGUAUCAAUGAGGCAAAUAAUUCAAAUGAAACACCGUUGGCGUUAGCGGUUAUCUAUAGGAAUAUGAAUAUUAUCAGAUUACUUUUGGAAAAAGGAGCCAGUGUAAACCAGGAAUGGGGAAAAUAUGAGCAAACGUGCUUACUGCAGGCGAUUUAUGCAGAAGACGAGGAACUUGCACUGUUGUUACUAAAAUCGGGCGCUAAACCUGAAAGAGAACAGAAGUACGCUCAAAAUGCCCUACAAGAAGCUAUUUGGUGGAGAGCCGAGAACAUUGUGGAUCAUCUUUUAUCUUUCGGCGCUAGUGCGGAAUCGAAAGACAUGCAAGGAAGAACCGCAUUUCAGUUCUCAGCACAAAUCGGCGCUUUGUCUCUACUUAAAAAGCUGAUCAAAGAAAGUUCCGAAGGAUUGCAUCUGUUCGGACCAACUUCCCAUGAUCUGCAGGAUCGGGACCUCAUACACCACGCUUUUGUCAGCGGAUCGAUGGAUAUGGUAUCUUACCUGAUAGUUCAAUUCUCUCCCAAUGAAUACGACUAUCACCGGAAAGAUAUCAACGGUUGGACUCCCCUUCACUGGGCUGCGCAGGCUGGCGACUCGGAAGUUGUAAAAAUGCUUCUUGAACUAGACUCUCACUCGGAUGCCCAAGUACGAGAGUCAAUUAAAAAGUGGACUCCACGGCAGAUCGCAAGCUAUAACAAGCACAACAAUAUUGUGAUCUUACUCGAGUCGUUGUCUAUUCCCGAUGAAAUUCUGCCCCCAGCAGGUAUGUCACACGGGUCAUUUCUCUGCGACGGAUGCAAUUGUAAGAUGCGCGGCCUCCGUUUCCAUUGUCAAAAUUGCGCAGACUUUGACUUUUGUGAAAAAUGUAAGUUCACAAGUGAUACGACACACCCAAACCACGACUUUGAUAAGAUUGGCCCAAAGCGAGAAACUGAACUGGAACAAGAGAUUAGCCCACAGCAGGAGGGUGGUUUGAAGCAAGAUGACUCUUCCAGUGAAAACCGGUCUGUAUAUGAGGAUUCUGUCAAAGAUGAUAUUGCAACUUGA